AGAAUGACAAACUGUUUUAUUCUUUCAAUUAUUAGAUGUACAAUGAAAUCAUCAAGGUCACUACAUACACGUGUGAACACCAAAACAAUGAAUCACCAAAUAAUCACGAAGAUCAUCAUCAAAGGUCACCCCUCCAAAAUAUCGAAUGAACAAACACAUCACCGAAAAUUAACAGUAGAAGACACAUAAAAAAAACGAAAAAGAAAAAGAAAAGCUACUCAACAAGAGCAGAGGAUAAAUGAAAUAGAUCCCGUCCGUCCGUCUAUGAAAAAGAAGAUCAAGGGCUCAAGUGCCUCCACGUGGACGAAUCAAGUACAUCAAUGAAAGUUCUUCUAAGCCAAGAGCAUGGCAAAGAGGGUACCCAUGAGAGCAGUGGCAGUAAUGAAGUUGUUUGCGAGGGAGAAUGCAGCAGAGGGUGGUGUUGCCGGUGGUGGCUCAGAGCCUCCGGGUCCGGGUGCAGGACCAGGAGGGGUAGAAGAGGGAGAGUUGGGUGCUUCAGAAGGAGAAGAAGCCGGUGCUGCCGGAGAAGGAGGUGACGGUGAAGGAGAAGAAGAUGGUGGAGAAGUGGCGGGAGUUGGAGUAGAAGUAGGAGCAGGUGGUGGUGAAGUCUUUGGUGUCGGUGCAGGUGCUGGGGGUGGGGUUUUUGGUGUCGGUGAUGGGGCUGGUGCUGAUUUGGGUGGUGGUGGGGUGGUUGUCGGUGGCUGCGUGGGUGCUCCUCCUGGAGCUUGUGCUAGGCAUGAGCUAGCCAAGAGCCCCAACACCACAAACAAUUGUACUACACCAGAACCCAUAAACAGAAAACUGUUGGUGCUUGAAUCCAAUGUGAAAUGUGUGUAA